UGCUUUAUCAAAGGAAUGGGAAUGACUGGUGUAUUCAAAUGGUUUAGACGCGGUUUAAGUCUUGAACUGCCCGUUCAACAGUCGCUCAGGCGUGGGUUCGAGCCCUGGCAGUCGCAAUUUUUCUGCGAUUUCCAAGGCUUGCUCCCUUGCCGACUGUAUCCUGGCCAGGUUUCUGUGGUUUCCUCGGUCACUGUGCUAAGGGUGGGGCACAGGCAAAUGCGGGUACAGACUGUAAGACGACCACAGCCGCGGAUAGGAGGUUAA